GUGAGCAGGACCCAGAGCAGCUAUUGUGUUGUUCUUCAUAGUAAUGUCAUGUUCAGAGUGUUUUGAGAGCGACAUGAGCUCCGCGGGGAUGAUCCAGACUCAGAUCUCCGCGAUCAUGACCGUGCUGGCGAAGGCGGCGGUGGCGGAGAUCAGUCAGCUGCUGGAGGAAGAGGCUGCUGCUCUUCAUCAGGAGAUCCGGAGGAGAAACGAGGAGAUCCAGGGACUGAAGACUCGACUGAUGCUCACGGAGACUGAACUACAGAGAGUCAGUGCAGAGUCACAGAGAUGCUCCGUCGGCGUUCAGGUGGAGAUCAUGAUGGACACGAGUGUAACGGCCCAUUCUCUGGAAGCUCAGGCUGAGAAGGUCGUUGUGAAGAACCUCUCAGAGGAGAAACCUCACUUUUCACAUGUGGCAGACGUGAAUUCACAGCAGCUGAAACAAGAAGAGUCCAUAACACCGCUGAAGGAACCGGAGGAAGAGGAGCUCGGCGGACUGGAGUUUGAGAUGAAGCUCGAACAGGUGGAAGAACUUGUGGAUCAGACACUGAAUCAAGUUCAGGCGGAGCAGAAGCGUGAAGAACAAAACCACUGCGAUGACGGAAACUCUCAUUUAUGGUCUUCAGGGAAAGCAUUUGACCAUCCUGAAAGUCUUAUGGAGUCUGAGCAACAUUCUCAGAAUUUAACAGAUCCGUAUGUGAUGAUGGAGGAUCCGAUGACUGCGUCGACUCAGUCCGGUUUAUUGGCUCCCGUUGUUCUGGAGAACGAGAGCUUUGGCGCUACAGACGUUGAGUACGGCUUGAAUCUUCAGGAUUCCCACAGACGCUCAACCAGAUCUGACUUGGCGCCAUUUAACAGACUUCCAUCCUCACAUUCAAGCUCGUGUUUGCCCAAAGCGCUCACACGGAGGGCGUGUGCAGGCGGGCAGACGGGCCCCAAACCCUUCCGAUGUGAGGAGUGUGGCAAGGGCUUCACACAAAGUACCCGGCUCAAAUCACACAGACGAGUGCACACGGGUGAAAAACCCUUCCGGUGUGAGGAGUGCGGCAAAGGCUUCACACAGAGGACGCGGCUCAUAACACACAAACUAGUGCACACGGGUGAAAAACCCUUCCGAUGCCAGCUGUGCGGUAAGACCUUCUCCAGACAGGACAACUGCCUCAGACACUUGCGCUUGCACAGCGGACAGAGAUGAUGAACGUGGACACGAGGUGUUUCAUAUCAUGUCUCAAUGUGAGAUUUCUUAGUAUGUAACUGUGUUGCAUUUCUGCAUUAAGGCCGGUUUCACACAUCUUACACAUUCAUUAUGCAACAUCUCCCUUGCCAUGACAGUAAUGUUUCAUGAUGAACACGUUUGUAAUCGUCCCAAGGUUCAUGAUAGUUUCGACUGAAACAUUUUUUUCAUUUUCAUUUAGUUUAACUUGAUGUACUAAAGUACCUAAAACUGAAAUAGGGCUGCACGAUGUAUCGUUUUAGCAUCAAUAUCGUGACGUGCGCAUCCACGAUAGUCAUGCGAUUGCGACUGCGAUUACUUUAUCUCUGUUAUAUUUGCUGUUAUCUCAUAUUUCACUUUUAAUAGUCUAUUUAUAAAUGUAUUCUAUCUCUGUUGUUACAGUCACAACCGCAAACAAAAACAGCAUUCCAUCUUCGUCGCUCAGCUAAAAUGAAAAACUAAAACUACCAGUAGGUGGCGGCAAAUCAUUGUCUUAAUGAGUUAGUCAUUGAAUUAUUCACUUAACCGAUUCAAAACAGCUGAUUCAUUCAGGGACAAAGCAGAAGUGAGUCGUCGAGUCAUUCAUUAGAACGAUUCAUUGAAACGCGGAUUCCUUCAGUAACGAAACUGAAACUGUGUUUAUCGAAGAUGUGCAAUGGCUCUACUGUUUGCAUUUACAUUUACAUUUUGUUUGGAACUAUUUUCUUUGACAAAAUAGAGAAAAACAGUCUAAAAUGUAAGUCCCCUAAUAGCCUACUAACUUAUUGUUUAUUGAAUUGUUGCAGGCCUAUAAAAUCAAUAUCGCAUUUGCAAACGUGCUGAUAUUUGGGAAAACAGCACUUUUGCUCGUGUGAUAUUGCUUAUAAGUAUUUUAAAAAAGAACGUUCUGCGUAACACGAGAAUGAACCUCAUUGGUUCUUGCAUAAGACAAGAAUGAACCUCUUAGGUUGUUUGCAUCUCAUUGCUGUGGCGCAAAAUGCAGCUGGAGGGGAGGAAGUGAUUUUUCUAUAUAAAAUUCCUAUGUUUUGCGUCGUUUAUGGUUGCUCAAAUCUAUCAAACCAAGAAACCACAAGGAGCUUAUAUUGUUUGUAACUUUUAUAGUUUUUUUUACUUUAAAAGUUGUUGUCUUUAAGAGCGUUUUUUGUUUUUGACUUGGUUAAAGGUGCCCUAGAUUGUUUCUUUACAAGAUGUAAUAUAAAUCCUAGGUGUCC